GACGAUACACGUUCUUAAUUCAAACACGGCGUUAUAGUUAGGUGCACCUUUUAAUGGAGAACCUCUCCGGUAACAUCUCAAAUUUCCCAUUCUUCUCGAUCUUUGCCUCUGGCAUGGUACCUCCCAAGCUUUUCAUCAAGCCAAAUAGCCGCGUGGUAACCUUAGUCUUCAUAUGCAGCCUAGUACCGGUUCUCGCCAAAGCAUGUUCCUUCCAUUUGAUUACUCGUCGCUUCAUGUGAAUCAUAUUGCCUUCUCUGUCAGUUUUUCCGCAUAUCACGUGAUGAAUUAACCUUUGGGAAAAGGAGAAGCUACUCGAAGCGGAAGCCUCAGGGUUUUGUGAGUAGAAAAAAGUGGCGUGAAAAUAAAAUUAAUUAGUGAGAUUUUGAAAAGCCAGAGAUGCUAAAGAGUCCGAGAAAGUUCUUGAUGCCCUUUGCUAAACGGGUUUCUGAUCUUGAUUGGCGGUUCAUUGGGUUGAUAAUCCCUCUGGUUUUAUUCUUCGUGUUCUUCUCUCUCCACUCAACCACUUUAAACGCCUUUACAUCGUUUUACCCAGUUAAGCAAUUUCUUUUCAGUCUUCCUUUUCAGAAGGGAAAGACGGGGGAUAUUAGCGAGAACGAUCCAGCUUGGAAAGAUGAAUUGGUGCGGUCGAGAAUGGCCGUGUGUUUGGUGGGUGGGGCUAGAAGGUUCGAACUCACUGGACCCUCCAUAUUCGAGAUGAUACUUAAACAGUAUCCCAAUUCCGAUCUUUUUCUGCAUAGCCCGUUAGACUCAGAUUCGUUUAAGUUCUCGCUCUUGAAGUUUGCGCCAAAGGUCGCCGCGGUUCGAAUCUUCCACCCUCAACCGUUGCCGGAGAACGAGUCUUCUGUUCGCGUUCUCACGCCGCAUAACUCGCCCAACGGAAUCCAGGGGCUUCUCCAAUACUUUAACCUGGUGGAAGGAUGUUUAACGAUGAUAAAAGCACAUGAGGAGAAAAACAACUUCACGUACGAUUGGAUAAUCCGAACGCGCGUGGACGGGUACUGGAACGCACCACUGGGGCCACAAAACUUUGUUCCAGGCAAGUACCUGGUCCCACCCGGUUCCUCAUACGGGGGACUCAACGACCGUUUAGGCAUAGGCGACAUCACGGCCUCAACAGUGGCUUUGUCACGCCUCUCUCUGAUUCCCCAACUUGAUUCCGCAGGCUUCACGAACCUCAACUCAGAGGCAGCAUUCAAAGCCCAACUCACCACCCAAAACGUGACUUACCUCACAAAGCGCCUCCCUUUCUGCAUCGUUUCGGACCGCAAGUACGAUUUCCUACCGGGACGGUUCGGCGUGCCGGUUGCGGCGUUGUCGAGCCGCGGUCCACUGAGCGGAGCCAAGUGCAGGCCGUGCAAGCCGGUUUGUCGGGGCGCGUGCGUUGAAAACGUGAUGGAGUCGGUUGAGAGAGAGUGGAGUUGGACCGAUUGGAGUAACGGUUCGCUUGAGCUGUGUGAUGCUCACGAAAGUUGGGAAAAUGGUUGGGAGAAGAUUUUUGAUCGGGUGGCGGGAAAGAAGCUUGCUGCGGCUAGGAAGAUAAUUGCUUCUUUGAAAAUGGAACAGUGCAUUGAGGAUUUCAUCCAAUUGAAAAAACGGACUUCUCACUGGAGUGCACCUCCGGUUAUUCAAAUUUGUAGAUUGGGUUUGAAUCGCUCUUCUUGAACAUCCUUCUUUUCUUCUUUUUGCUUUUUCAUUCUUUAUAUCUUUUGUAGUUAGUUUCACACGUAAUUUAGUACAGUGAUUAUUUAUUUGGGUUGAGCGAGAAGUUGGCAGAGACAGGGGGAAAUAUCUUUCUUUUUUUUCCUUUUUGCUCUUUGGAAUUUAGUAUAUGCCAAUUUAACUAUUGAAGAACCAAAAUACCAAACGAAGUACAAUGGAACAACCAUACAUAAAACAAAUAACUGUUUUCUGAC